AUGAAUGAUAAAGAACCAUUGGUGAAGAAAACUUUUGAUCGAUUUAAUAAUGAAAAUUCUGAUGAAGAUAACAAACCGAAACAAGAAUUCUUAACUAACAGUUUUUCUGAUUGGCGUCAAUGGUUUGACAACAGAACAGUUGAUAAACAAAAUGGAAACAUCGAUGAUGACACAAAUACAAAAUACAAAAACGAUAUGGUCAGUGUUAUUGAUUUAUUUCGUUUUGCUGAUCGUAUUGAUUAUAUAUUAAUGUUUAUUGGUAUAUGUUUUCUAUUAAUAAUGGCUGCUGGUAUUGCAAUUACUCAAGUUACUUUUGGCCAAUUGAUCGGAUUAUUUGCUGAAGUUAAACUUCGGGAAAAUUGUCAUCAUCAUCGACAGACUUCUGGUAUUAAUAAUUCAAGUAACUAUGUAUGUCCACCUGGUAUAGAUAUCGAUUUAAUAUCAUAUGUAGAACUUCAAUUAUUGUGUUAUUAUGAUAAUAUUACUGUGGCAUCUUCAUCAGAUGUAUUCUCAUCGUCACUUCGAAAGAAAGUAAUGGAUCCAAUUUAUCGAUUGAUAAUUGUUGGUAUUAUUGAAUUUAUCUGUACUAUAAUUCUAUUUAUUUGUUGGACAGUUUCACUCAAAAGACAAACAUAUCGUAUGAGUAUUCGUCUUUUUCAAUCACUUCUUCAACGGAACAUUUCGUAUUUGGAUAAAGUUGCAAUUGGUAAUAUCAAUUCCAAGUUGUUCGAUAAUAUACGAAAGAUUGAUAGUGGUGCUGGUUAUGAAUUCUUAUUCGUAAUCGGAGUGAUAUUUUGCAUUGUCCUGGACAUAGUAGCGUCAUUUAUUGUUAAUUGGAAAUUAGCAUUAGUGAUGUUGUGCAUUUUACCUAUAAUUAUGAUAACAUCGAUGAUAUUUUCAAAGAUUAUUUCUAAUGAGGAAAUCAAUGUAUUGAAUUCGUAUUCAAAAGCUGGACAAAUUGCUGAAGAAGUAUUCAGUUCACUUCGAACAGUUCUCUCACUCAACGGUUCGAAAUUUGAACAAAAUCGUUACGAACAUGAAUUACAUUCUACAACUCGAAAUAGUAUUCGACAGGGUGCUGUUUUUGGAUUAUUUGCUGGCUGGUUAUCAUUUAGUACAUAUUUAAUUUAUUCAGUUGGCUUUAUUUUUGGAUCUACUUUCCUCUUUUAUCAUAAAAAUGAAGAAGUCGAUUUAGUUGAAAUUACUAUUGUCCUCUGUGUGUUCGCACAAUCGAUGACUCUUUUCAGUUUUAUUGGACCUUUUCUUCAGACAGUUUCCGAAGCUCGAAGUGCAGCAGUGCCAAUAUAUCGACUUAUUGAGGCCGGAAAUGAUGCGAGUAUAAAUGAAACAGAAAUAUGGAACGAGAGUGUGACCAGUAGAAAGCUUAUUAAUACCAAUAUUGAUAUUAAAUUUGAAAAUGUUAAUUUUAUUUAUUCAUCGCGAAAGGACAUAUCUGUGUUAAAUAAUCUGAAUUUUAUCGCUCGUGCUGGUCAAACGACUGCUAUUGUAGGUCCAAGUGGUUGUGGAAAAAGUACAUGCUUAUCACUUCUUCUACGAUACUAUGAACCAUCGUCAGGACGUAUUUUAAUUAAUGGUCAAUCAAUUAAAGGAUAUGAUCUCAAACAACUUCGACAAACAAUCGGAGUUGUUAAUCAGGAACCUAUACUUUUUGCUACGAGUAUCGCGGAAAAUAUUCGCUUUGGCAAAGAAAAUGCUACAAUGGCAGAAAUUGAAGAAGCAGCACGACAAGCAAAUGCACAUACUUUCAUCAUGAAAUUGCCAAAUAAAUAUGAAACACUCGUAGGUGAACGAGGUGUACAAUUAAGUGGCGGUGAGAAACAACGUAUUGCUUUAGCUCGUGCUUUGAUCAAACAGCCGGCUAUACUUCUAUUGGACGAAGCAACUAGUGCACUUGACAAUAUUAGUGAAAAACUCGUACAAGAAGCACUUGACAGAGCCUAUCAAGGUCGUACAACUAUAGUCAUUGCUCACCGUCUAAGUACAAUUCAAAACGCUGAUCAUAUUUAUGUAUUAGAUAAUGGUAGUGUUAUUGAAGAAGGUACCCAUGAAAUAUUAAUAGCGAAGGAAGGAAGUAAAUAUCAAGAAAUGAUAAAAAAUCAACAAGUAGAAAAACUGGAUAAUAGUGAAGAUGAUUUAUAUCGAGGAACAACAGUAAACGAAGGAGUGGGUCGACAAAGCACUAGAAACUCUCUCUCAUCAAGUUCUAAGGAAGCUCCAGAUACAGACAAAAAAGAGCAAAAUCUCUUGGACGAAAGAUCUAUCAUUAUGAGACUUUUGUCAAUGAACCGUCCAGAAUUGUUUUAUCUUGUUAUUGGCUCCAUAGCAAGUAUAUUCAACGGGAUAGCUGUACUAUUUUUCGCGUUUCUCGUUGCGCGCACAAUCUAUCAAUUUGCUAUCUGUGAGUAUCUGGAACGACGUCAGAGAAUAUUGACUUCUAGUUUCAUGCUUGCAUCAAUGGGUCUUUUGGUCUGGAUAUUUCGUUUUGUUCAAUACACAGCGUUUGCCAUAUCAGGAUCGAAACUGACUCAUCGUGUUCGUUCCACAGCAUUUCGAUGUUUUCUACGACAAGAAGUUGCCUUCUAUGAUCGUCCAGAAAAUAGCACUGGUGCCAUAUGUGGUCGUCUCUUUGCAGAUGCAUCAGCAGUACAGCAGAUGAGCGGCACAAGAUUAGGACUUAUUUUUGAAACUGUCGCAUUGAUUUUUUUCGGUCUUUUAUUUGGCAUGUUGUUGAGUUGGCAAUUGACACUGAUUGCAUUGUCUCCUCUACUUCUUCUCAUUCCUGCUAUGUACACGAGUGUACGUGUAGAAAUGUGGUUGAAUAGAUUAUGUGAUCGCGUUCGUGGACAAGCGAAUAUGAUUGCAGUAGAAGCUAUUCACAAUAUGCGUACAGUUAAACAUUUAUCUGCUGAACGAAUCAUUUUGAAUAAAUAUUCCGAACAGAUGACUGCCGUAACCACAUCAUACCGAAAAUAUUCGAUAGUAUUCACAAUACCAUAUGGUUUAUUAUGGGUAAUAGAUUCAGCCACAACGGCAUUUCUAUAUUUGUAUGCUCUUGUUCGUUUUGAACGGAAUCAAUUCACCUUCAAUGAUAUCAUAGUAAUCAUUGCAUUCGUUGUUUUCGUUAUGCAAGCAGUGCGAAGUGUAGAAUCUAUGUCAAAGCAAAUUGGUACUUCUCUAUCUUCGAUUAAAGCUCUUCUGGAUCUAUUUGAUCGAACCCCAGCUAUCGAUAAUACAUCGAUUGAAGGAGCCACGUUGGUUAAUUUUGCUGGACAGAUCGAGUUCAAUCAAGUGAAAUUCUCUUAUCCUACACGUCCAACAAUUACUGUUCUUAAUCAAUUUCAAUUGAAGAUUAAGUCUGGUCAACGUGUAGCAAUUGUUGGCGCUUCUGGUUCUGGAAAAUCUACCGUUAUCCAUCUAUUAGAACGAUUCUACGAUGCUGAAUCUGGCCAAUUGCUCUUUGACGGUAUUGAUAUUCGACAGUUGAAUAUUCUAUGGAUUCGUUCUCAGUUGGGUCUUGUUGGUCAAGAGCCAGUGUUAUUCAAUUUAACAAUUGCAGAAAAUAUCGCUUAUGGAUUGCAGAACGUUUCCGAAGAAGAUAUCAUUAAUGCGGCAAUAAAAGCGAAUGUUCAUGAACUUAUUCAACGAUUACCUCAACGUUAUGAAACAAAAGUAGGAUCGAAAGGUAGUUUCUUAUCAGGUGGUGAAAAACAGCGAAUCGCGAUUGCGCGAAUACUUCUUCGAAAACCUAAAAUAUUGCUACUAGAUGAAGCUACAAGUGCUUUGGAUUCAUACAAUCAACAAAUAGUACAACAGACACUUGAACAAGCUCAAAAAGAUGACCCUAGUCGAACAUCGUUGAUUAUUGCUCAUCGGCUUUCAACGAUUCGUUCAUGUGAUCUGAUUGUUGUUGUGGACAAAGGAUGUGUUGUUGAGAGCGGCACUGAUGCAGAACUAAUACAACGACGCGGCGUUUAUUAUACAAUGCUCACUAGAAAUAGUUCCUAA